AGUUCCUGACACGGAAUAGCAAACGGGACCCAGCAGAAACAGCAAGAGAGACAGCAAAAAAAGAGAGAGAAAUGUAGAGAGAGUGAGAGAGAGAGUGAAAUUAGUGGGAGGGGCAUGAGGGAAGCAACCAUAUGCUCUUAGCAAGGAAAUUCCAGCUUGUCUCCUUCAUUCACUGACAACUGAGAGAAGAGUGGAGAGGAAAACAAGCAGCCUUAACAAAAGACAGACAGACUGGCGAACUCAACGCUUGUUAGUUUGAAACGCGUGGCUCUGCGCUGACAACAUGGGAGCAGUAGUGGGCACAUUGACUAUGCAGACAAGACAAAGACAACCAUCCAGAGAUAAAGUAGAUGAUGAAUUAGAGAUGACAAUGGUCUGCCAUCGACCGGAGGGUCUCGAACAGCUCGAGGCGCAGACAAACUUCUCCAAGCAAGAGCUACAAGUUCUAUACAGAGGUUUCAAAAAUGAGUGUCCAAGUGGAGUGGUGAAUGAGGACACUUUUAAACACAUUUAUGCACAAUUUUUUCCACAUGGAGAUGCCAGCACAUAUGCACAUUAUCUCUUCCAUGCGUUCGACACCAGAAAUAAUGGAUCAAUAAAAUUUGAGGACUUUGUGAUGGGACUAUCCACUCUAUUGCGGGGGACAGUCAGAGAUAAGCUGGAAUGGACAUUUCAUCUCUAUGACAUCAACAAAGAUGGAUUCAUCAAUAAGGAGGAAAUGACAGAGAUAGUGAGAGCGAUCUACGACAUGAUGGGGAAAUACACAUAUCCAGCUUUAAAAGGAGACGUACCAAAGGCGCAUGUGGAUGCUUUCUUUGAGAAAAUGGACAAAAACAAAGAUGGAGUUGUAACAUUGGAGGAGUUUGUCCUUGCCUGCCAAGAGGAUGAAAAUAUGAUGAGAUCCAUGCAGCUCUUCGAAAACGUGAUGUAGAGAGGAUCGACGAGAAGAAGAAAAGAACAAAACAGAGAAGAGGAAAGGAAGGGAAAGAAAGCAAGAGAGAUUUUAUGUUUAAAUACAUAUCUGCUAUAUUUCACAAGGGAAAUUGAAAGCCUGAGAAGGAUGAGAGUCUAUGAGCUUUGUUUUUCUCUCUCUCUAUUUAUAUCUUGUAACUUACUAAAUGUUGUCUCUUGCUGGUGUUUUGGGUAAUUACCGGCCCAGAAUCCACCUUUAUCCAGCCACUGAAGACUACAUGAGGUUUCAUGACUGUUUGGAAGGCAAUGUGCAAUGACUAACUAACUAUUGGGUGGCAAUGAUCAACACCCUUGCUCCCUGUGACCAUUUUCUUGACCCUAGAGCUCAGGACUCUGCAUUUAGUGUUCUGGAACUGCAUCCAGGAGGAAACACAUCCUCCAUUUGCUUGCUUUCUCGACAAAAGAGCUUGCAUGAUGAUAAAGACCAGCUGAUAUGAGUUGCUUGAAAAUAACGUUGGCCUUCUAAAUAUCUGUUUUUAUGAUUUGCUGUAUUUAUCUAUGAAACAGGGUUUGGAGGAUAAUAUUUGGAUGUUGAUUUUGUGUCUUGUGUUGUCAACGUUGUUUGUUUGUAAUUGGUGUUUCCAGACGACCUGCUUAUGUCUGUCCGUCUCAGUACUUGCCAAGCCAUUUUGCCCAUUGGACCAUAGUGAAAAAUGUGGGACAGAACUUACUGUAAAAGUGUGUCUAUGUAUGGCAAGGUGUGAGGAGAAUUAAAGAAUCUGUAUUUAAAAUCUGUAUUCAAACCCAACAAAUGACAAUCUAGCUUCUGGAUAUUCUUCUAUCCCUUGAUACAUUUGCAUAUGUUCAAAAAAGACAGUUAUUUGUAAGUGGAAAAACACAUCCAUUUACAGUAAAUUGCAUAAAAGGAAAACAAAUACAUUAAAGGGAAGUGGUCAGGUUUAAUUAAAUGACAUAUAAGCUAUGUAUAUAUACAGUAAUUGCAUAAGUAUGGUGCCAUAUGAAGAAAUGCCCAGUGAGGCAAAUACAAACUGUGAAAAUGAAAUAACAGAAAUAUGCUGUGCAAUUGCAAUAUCAGUCCAAACUGAUUAAAAUCAUUUGUGGAAGAA